AUGAAAUCGACUUUUUUACCGCCCGGCAGCAGGUGAAACCGUACGAUACAAUAAUAUAAUAUAAUAUUAGGUGUAAGUAUCGUUUUGCAUGUUGAAUUUACAAAAAAAAAAAAAAUGAAAUAAUAAACCUGUUCAAUGAAUCUAUUGACUAGUGGAAUACACUUUGUGGCCUAACGAACAAAUUAAACAACAUCUGAUAAACGAAAUCCCAUAUUAUUUGUGAUAAAAAAACCAACGAUUUUUUUUAAAUCUUUAAUUAAAUCUUUUAAUUUAUCCCUUAUCAACGUAUUGUAUCUUUUAUCGCUUAACUAUUAUUAUUUCACUUUUCUCUAAAUGAAUUGAAAAGAAUUGAAAUUGAAAGUAGUAGUUAUUGUGUCAAUUAUUUCUCAUAUUUUACUGUUCAUAUUUACUUAUCUUUCUUUCUCUCUCCCUCUCUUCCUCCUUUAAUUAUAUGGUUAUGCUCUAAUAAUUUUUACCGCCAUUUUACUUCAUUGCCUAUCUAUUUCAAACAAACUUCUACAAUUUUUUUUCCAAACUCACAGGCUUUCCACUGCCUCUUUCACCACGCUAAUCAAUUUUUCUGUGAUUCUUCUUCCCUUAAUUUUGUACUCUUACCUAACCACACUAACCGUCUCGUCUUCUUAUUAUGUGACGUUACCAUUGAAAUCUAUUUCGGCCUCUAAUAUAUUAUAUAAAAUUAUACAUUAAAAAUAAACGAAAAAAUGUUUAUGUAUGAUUAUAUCCAGCGUAUUCAUUCGUGAACGUUUUUGUUUGUUAACAGUUUUGAUGUGGAAAAUGGAGCCGGCACAAGUCCAGGCAGAUCACCACUGGACGGUGGAGGCACAUCACCUUCGGCCGGUCUGGUUCUUCAAAAUUUACCACAGCGCCGGGAAUCGUUCCUGUACAGGUCCGAUUCAGAUUUUGAAGUUUCACCGAAAUCCAUGUCCAGGAAUUCGUCCAUCGCCAGUGAAAGGUAA